CGGGGGUCAAUUUGAAGAACGGAAGCUUAAAAAUGGCGGACGCACCGGAGAAGCAGGGGAGCGGGUGUGAAGAUUUCAAGAAGCCGACUCUCCCCCGUCUUUUCCCUGCUCGAGAGAAGGAGGCGACGGAGGCAGCGCUUCGGCCCCCACAAGGGCCUACCUCGGGCCCCUCUCCGCCUCCGCUGCCCCUUCGGUACCAGGAGCCUCCCUGGGGAGGUUACCCGGCAGAAGAGGACUCUUCGGUCUACAGUCUGGAGACGGUGAAGGACGGCGCGGUGCUGGGCAGCCUGGGACUGGGCGGCCGAAGCUGGCUGUUGGUAGGCCGGGUUCCCAGCUGCGACCUGUCCCUGGCGCAUCCGUCGGUGUCGCGGCACCAUGCUGUACUCCAGCGCCGCCCGCCGCCGCCUCCCACCCACGGGGAGGAACCACCACCAGAAGGCCCCGAGCCCGGGCUCUACGCCUACGACUUGGACAGCGCUCACGGGACCUUCCUAAACAAGGCCCGCAUCCCGCCCAGGACCUACUGCCGCGUCCGGGUGGGCCACGUCCUGCGGUUUGGGGGAAGCAGCCGCCUCUUCGUGUUGCAGGGCCCAGAGGAGGAUCAAGAGCCUGAAUCAGAACUUACUGUAACCCAGAUAAAAGAACUUCGCAAGCAGCAACAGGCAACACUAGAGAAAACGAUGCUGGGUGAUGAUUCUGAUGAAGAAGAUAAAAAAGAGAAGGAUGAAAAGAGAAGUGAAAACAGUUGGAGUAAUGAUUUGAGUUGCUCCUGGGGAAUGGGGGAAGAUGCAGAGGAAGAAGAGGGUGAAGAAAAUCCAAUUGCAGUUGAGUUUCAGGAAGACCAAGAAGCCUUUUAUUUGAAAGACCCUAAGAAGGCAUUGCAAGGUUUUUUUGACAGAGAAGGUGAAGAACUUGAAUAUGAAUUUGAUGCCCAAGGAACUGGCACCUGGCUGUGUAGGGUAAAGCUACCCAUAGAUGAUGUUUCAGGGAAGCAACUUGUGGCAGAGGCUAUUCAUUCUGGAAAGAAAAAAGAAGCAAUGAUCCAGUGUUCAUUGGAAGCUUGCAGGAUACUAGAUGCUAGGGGUGUGCUGCGGCAAGAGGCAGUGUCACGGAAAAGAAAAGCAAAGAAUUGGGAAGAAGAAGACUUCUAUGAUAGCGAUGAUGACACAUUCCUUGAUCGGACAGGAGUUAUUGAGCAGAAAAGACUAAACCGAAUGAAGAAAGCAGGGAAGAUAGAUGAGAAACCAGAAACAUAUGAUUCUUUGGUUUCAAAAUUAAGUGCAACUGAGAGAGAGCUCUCUGAGAUAGCAGAAAAGCUGAAAUCAGCAAGGACAGUGCAAUCCCAGUCAGCAGCUCAGGAUUCUUUGGAUGAAUUUAUGACUGAAAUAAAAUCAGGAGGUGCCCUAGACAGUGUGGCACGUAAAAAACUUCACUUGCGGACCUUCGAGCUGAAGAAAGAACAGCAGCGUUUGAAAGGUUUAAUUAAGAUUGUUACUCCUGCAUCGUUGCCUGAGCUGAAAUCUCAAACUGGGAGUCAAGAUUUGGUAACUGAAAACAAGCCCAGAAAGCUAACUUUACCCCUAUUUGGCGCAAUGAAAGGGGGAAGCAAAUUCAGACUGAAAACUGGGACUGUUGGGAAGCUACCUGUGAAGCGUCCAGAUAUUCCUGUAAACCUAUUAAAUAUGAAGGAUGAGGGGCCAGAGGAGGAGGAGGAAGAAGAAGAAGAAGCAGAAAUAAAGGCAUCAAAACAAGUCGCACAAAAAUCACGGACUGCAGUACAACCAACGCUUCAGCCAGAAAGUCUCCCACCUGGUUCUUACUCACACAGCAGCAAAGAUGCACAGUUAAUUCCUGAGGGAGUAAGUCCUCUGUCUGAGCUUGUGAGUGAAGAUGGAAAAGUAUCAGAGAACAACUCUCCAAAUGAUGAAUUGCAAAAGAAGUCACAAAGAUCUGAGAAGCUUGCAGAAAAGCCCAAGAAUAAGAAAGCUGAUGCCGCCAGUAGGAAACAAGUUUUCAAAAUGUCCCCGCAAAGCCAUCAGAAAGUGAGGGAGUGAUCGAAGUUCGGGAGCAUGCCAGUGGAAAAAUCCUAAAUACCAGUCGGCCGCCGGCCCAUCUAAUAGAGCACUCACUUCAUGAACCCUCUCUGCCUCACUAGCGUAGUUACCCCCAUGGUCCUGCUUAUAAGCAUCAACUUGGACCAGGAAAUAGGGCAAACAAUCAGGGGUGCCAUCAGAUUGAACCUUCAGGUCUCAGUCCCAAGCUGGAACUGAGCGGGACCAAUGGGGUUGCUCUCUGCAGCCCGACUUCUAACCUAUUCAGCUGCUCCAGCCCGGGCCUGCAGCGACUCCACUUCUUGAUGGAGCUGACGAAUCACAGCCUGGUAUUCCUUCUUCUCCUGGUUCCACUGGUCAGCCUCCUGCCUCGAGAUACCCGUGGCUCUCGAGGGGUCAGAGUCUGAGUAGUAAUCAUCAGCCAGUUCCAAUUUUUUUCUUUUCCUCCACGCCACGCUUUUCCCGUGCUCAGAGCGUGGUUCCAAAGGCUCCUUCUCAGGGUAAUACAGUUCCUCAGAAGUUAGUCCCGAAGAGAAUCCACAGAUCUGGGUCACCUCCAUGCUCCGCCUAACUUCACUAGUGGUG